AUGCUGAAGACAGGCGCAUGCGCACUGAGCGCUAGGGGCGGGGCGGAGAGAUUUAAAGAGACAGGUGGAGAGAGAGAAAAAGAGAUAGAGAGAGAGCUGAAUCUGAGGGGGCGGGGCCAGGUGUUCCUGCAGGGACCCGGAACCAGGAGGAGGAAGAGGAAGAUGGAUGUGACUGCGCUGAGACAGCAGUACAGGAUGUGCAGAGACAAGCAGAGGGCAGAGCUUCACCUGCUGAGGACAGGCUCCUUUGACCUCCUGGAUGUCGUCAGCAUCGUACCUGUUGCUCAGGGUUGGAUGUCGUCAAGGCAACCAGCCCGCCCCUCCCCUCCCGACCCGAAGACGUCGGACCCAUGGCGCGUCCACCUGGACCUGCACCGGCGCCACCCUGCAGUCGCCAUGGAGACGGAGCAGAGCCGCUCCAGAUGUUCCCCCUCCUCAUCCUCACAAGCCCCGCCCACAGACACGCACACAGCUGGCUCUGGUUCCGCCCGGUCCAGAGGAAGCUUCACUAGACGCUGCGCCAGCGUGGACCAGAACCAGGACCAUGACCAGAACCAGAACCAGAACCCAGGAGGUGAAUCCAAAGCUCUUCUGAACCGCUACCCGUUCCCCUGCAGGAGAACCCUGAGGAUCUCUGAGGCUGCCAGGAGGUUAGGCCUGUACCCAUCCUCCUGAGGUUCUGAUGGGUCCAGAACACAGAACCCAAAGUCACCAGAACUAACGGAACCUGCUAGCUUUGUUUCUGUUCUUCAUUCUCCAAUGGACCUGAACAGAACCGAGCCCAGAUAAGAGCUGCUGAUUGGUCUCACGUUUCUGUUUCAAACAUGAUGUAAAGAAGUGUCUCCAGAACCAGAAUCGGACCGGUUCUGAUGAUGUAACGUUUCUAGAACCCUUUAAAUUAUUCGUAGCUUAUUAAUACAUAAAUGCUGAUUAGUUUUUUUCCACUUUGGAUUCAUUCAUUUUAUUUUUCAGGGUUUUUAUUGAUGCUAAACUUUAAGCUUUUAAAACGUUUUUUACUUUUUUUUCUUGUUAUUUUUAUGUUUACUACUUUUAAAAAUCAUAUUUCACCAUUUCCUCAUCCCUCUGAGGUUCUGCGUGUUCUUAUUAGUUUUUACAAUCAGAUUUC